UCCCCAUUCCCUCCCACGCAUUACAUAGUAACUUACUAACUCUAGCCAUCGUCGACGUCGACCUCUUGUGUUUGCAUCCAAAUGAUCCGCCGUUGUUACGCUAUCUUAGUGUGUUGACCGAUUCGCCGACCCCAGGAACGUCAGGAACGUGGCUGCCUGGUCCUGCGUUCCGGUGUUACCCCUCCAACAUUCCCCUCCCCCCCAACACCAAUCGCCGCGGCGGGAAAGUGGUGUGUUGUAGAGUCCGGGACGGUACGCGGUACGCGGUACGCGGUACGCUUUCUUCCCUUUACCCAGAUCCGGACAUUACAUCCUCUCUGCAACGGAUCAAUCAUCAGCCCGCAUGGAUUCGUUUCAGCUCUGCCUCACAGGUCCGGCAUCAGCUCGCUGUCGCUACCGAACUCCUACCACGCCGCGAGCUGACUAUUAAACCCCUCGCAUCCGCUCCUCCCAUCUUCCCCCGAACACCAUGCGCUGACUGAGCCCAUGAUAGCCCCUCGCAGUACCAUCCAGUCGGGCGAUCGGGAACGCGACGAGACCAACACCGACGUCACCCACCGCGCUGAUUCAUCCCAUACCCUCCAGCUCCCCACCCUCCGCGUCGACCAGUGGUUGAGCUCCCUCGUCGAUGCCGAAAUGAGUGCACACGAAGCUGCUAGUUCGCUGGAGGACUCUGCCUAUGAGGUCGUCUCCCCCUUGCCGUCGGACGCUGAGUCUCUCGCGUCGUUGUCGCUUGAUGGGUUCACGGAGGACGGGCAGGAUGAAUCGGCCAGCGUCGCUGUGACGGAUGGGUCGGAGGCCGGGAAGGACGAGCCGAAAGUGCGGGAAUGGGGUGAGCAGCCACAAGAGCAGGAAUGGGGUUGGGGACAUAACGGGGAAGAAGAAGGUUACGGGGACGAAGAGCAUUACGAGGGGGAUGAGUACGAUGGGGAUGAGUAUUACGAGGAAGAAGGGGAAGAAGGGGAGUACAGGGAGGAGUACUAUGGAGAGGAAGGCUACUAUGAGGAGGAAGAGAUCAGCAAAGAUGAAAGGGACCGACUAGAUCAAGCCGACUGGCAGGCCUGGAGCAACCAGGUGGAACGAGGACAGUUCGAAGCACAGGGAAAGUCGGCCCGGCCGCCGAAAUUCUUCACGGACCGCCCUCCCACCGAACGCACUCCAUUCGAGAAAGCCGGCCACCUCCCCACCAUGAUGGUGCGGAGCGUCUGCGACACCGCGCGACGAUGGAAGACGGCCUGGUCCGCGCAACAUCCACGCGAUCGGUUCAUGAUCAUCGCGACCGCAAUUCCAAUUAUCAUGUUCAUCACCAUGUUCACGAUGACGCACGCAAAUACACCGAUCCCGUCCGCUCAGGUCGCCCCCAACCUACCUCUCCCGGUCGAGCAAGCGGUGACCGGACAGAUGGACUCCUCGGAGCUUUGGCGAUCCGCAAUGCAGGACUUCUACAACCGAAUCCAUUCGGCGGACAUCGAGCCGGAUGCCCCACAAGUUGAAGUGUCUCCACCGCCUGCACCUCAGGAGACUCAGGAACAGGCUGGCACGCGUCAGGGGGAGAUUUUUGUGUUCGAGCGACCCAACCGCGAGAACGCAUGUGUGUUGCCCAAUCGUAAAAUCGAGAUUUCCCGCGUCGUCACCCAAGAAGACCCGAUUUCCCGAUCAAUUCCCUUCGUCAUGACGCAAGUCGACGGAAAAUGUGUGCCCGCGGUCGAUCCCCGGGAGGCGUACGGGAUCCUGGAAGUCAUAGUGUGGAAGGCUCCGUCUUUCACAGCAAAGAAGACCAUCGUGCACAUCCAGACCGUAGAGGUCGUGGAGAGGUCCGUGGCCGGUUGGAUCCGAUCGUUCAAGAAACUGGUUCGCCGUCCGCAGGCAUACUUCGCAAACCUCGAUCAGCAUCAAGAGGAAGCGGAACGCGCCGCCAAGCAAACUUCCGAGCGGCUCUCGGACGCACUACACGGCGCGGCCGGCGAAUUCGAACAGCGGUUCCGCGAGGUGAGCAAGGAGCUGGGCCACAUCCUCGUAGCCGCCAGCCAGGAAGUCGCUGUCCGCAUGCAAGACACCGAAGUCGCCGUCCGACGACACCUCGAAACGCAUGCGUACGCGCAGCAGUUCCACGAGCAGGUGACCGCGGUCAGCACGGAGAUCGUGACGGGACUGAGCAAGUCGUGGGGGUUGUUCCAGCAGCGGCUGAACCUGGCAGCGGAGGACAUCGGGGAGAUGCAACGGGAGCUGGUGAAGCAUGAGUGGAAGGUGGCGAAGGAGGCGAAGGUGAAGGCGAGUCGGAAUGCGAAGAAGCUAUUUCGGAGCGUGAAGGAGGCGAUGGCACCGGAAGAGGAGGGGAGGACGUGUAGUAAGUGUCGGCACCUGAGGAUGGGUGGGUUCAUUGGGGAUUGGUGAAUAGGCUAGGGCGUUUAUGGAUUUGGUACUUAUCGGAGAAGGGGCGUCUGGUUAGAGGGGCGGUCGUGAUGGAUUGUCAAAGGAUCUACUGUUCCGACUUGCAACGAAGACAGGUAAUGAUCAGUCGGUCAGAGUGUGAAUCAGUCCCUGGCACUGGAUGAACGGUGUUCGAGGCGGCGAUGGCAUCCUUUUUGAUCCGUUUCGAUGCAAUUGGUAUAAUAUCGAAUUGAGACCCGUUCCAUAGACUUGAUCGUUUUUCUUGCAGUGACCAGUGUUGAGCAUGAUGAUCAUAUUCCCCUGCGAAGCCAAACAAUGGAAAGAUCAGCGAGGCACCAACUGGGCUCUGGCAAGGCAACGGAGGCGAAAAUUCGGGAUUUGGUGUUUAGUCAGAUGGGAUCACGUGCCAGCCUGCAGGCUGCAG